GGAUGGAAAAACAUCUUUAACAGAGAGAGAGCGACUCUUCACUGUCACAUUCGGGACCACUCUGCUGUGUGGAUGCAUAAAUGGUACAGAGAUGGACGAGAACUUCCUGUGGGCACAGCUGAGGACACCUAUGAGAUCCUGUCUGCUGUUCAGUCAGACUCAGGAACAUACACAUGUAAAGGACAACAUAAGGAAAAAGUACUGUAUACUGGCAGCAGCAAUAUGGUUGCACUCAAAGUUAAUGGGGAGGCCCCCAAACCCCUGCUGACUCUGGACUCCCCCAGUGGAGAGAUCUUCACAGGAGAUACAGUGACCCUGAGCUGUAGGGCUGGCACAGAUCCUGCUGGCUGGGAGUAUCUGUGGUUCAAAAAAACACAGGGAGCAGCACUGACCAGCACUGACUCCAGCAGCACUGACGGGUCCAGUUACACCAUCCACUCUGCUGCAGUUUCACAUGGUGGAGAGUACUGGUGCCGAGCAGGGAGAGGGAGACCCGCUUUCUACACACCGUACAGUGACUCUCUCCAGCUCAGCAUAACUGGGGAGGCCCCCAAACCCCUGCUGACUCUGGACCCCCCCAGUGGAGAGAUCUUCACAGGAGAUACAGUGACCCUGAGCUGUAGGGUUGGCACAGAUCCUGCUGGCUGGGAGUAUCUCUGGUUCAAAAAAACACAGGGAGCAGCACUGACCAGCACUGACGGGUCCAGUUACACCAUCCACUCUGCUGCAGUUUCACAUGGUGGAGAGUACUGGUGCCGAGCAGGGAGAGGGAGACCCGCUUUCUACACACCGUACAGUGACUCUCUCCAGCUCAGCAUAACUGCUCCACCACCUGCUGUGCUAACCCUGAACCCUGCAUGGAGGAAGUUCUACCCCACUGAGAAAGUGACUCUCAAAUGUGAGAUUCAGUCCCGUCAGACUGGGUGGAGUUAUCUGUGGUACAGAGAUGGAGCCUCUAUGAACAGUGUGCUCUCCAGAGGAAAUGAGUACACAAUCCUGGCUCUAGAUCAGUCACACAGAGGAAGAUACUCCUGCAGAGGGAGAAUACCAGGAAGAGCUGUUUACACUAAAAUGAGCAAUGAUUUGAGCCUGACUGUAGAUGCUCGUCCUCAGGCUGUGCUGACUCUGGAGACUGCAUGGACAGAGAUCUUCAGGUCAGACAGUCUGACUCUGAGGUGUCAGGUUGAGGGGAGCUCUGCUGAGUGGAACUACACGUGGUACAGAGACGGACGGCAUCUUCCACUGGACCCCAGCGGGGACAGACUCACACUCACCGCUGGAAACAACUCUUUCAGCAGUGAAUAUAAAUGCAGAGGAAACCGAACAGGCCAACCGUCUUACACAGAGAUCAGCGAAGGAUUUAGAGAAAACAACAUUGUCCUAAAGCGGAAAGUUCUGGUUUCUGUGGCCAGCUCAGUCUUGCUCGGACUCAUCCUCACAGUCUUGGGCUGUGUUUGCCUGAGAAAGAAAAGGAAGUUGGCUUACAAGAUGACACCACAGAAUGACAUGUUUUUGUCAAAGCCACCCACAGAACACCUGUGUGGGGACCUUGAACAUUUCAGUAAUGAAGAACAAUCCACUGAAGCAAAAGCUGCUUGCAGCAUUGAACUUUAUUCUAUUCUGGACCUGAAAAAGAAGACUGAAGUACUCCCACCAAAACAGAAUCCAGAAGAUCUCACAUCAUUCAAAGCUGGCCAGUGAAGAGGAAAAUCAUCUCGCUCAGGACCAGCGCAGAUGGCUGUGAUCGCAAAGGAAAGAAUGAGGAUUUUAUGUAAUGAAGGAAAAUGUCAUUUUCAUACAUUAAAUAAAAGAUGUAUCACUGUAGGUGUAUCCAAAGCACUGAUCCCAGAGUACACGGCUUACCUUUAUGUUGGAUACAUGUGCUUGAUUUUAUUUCAGCUUAAAAGCUUUUAUUUGUGCUUUUUUAUUUAUAUCUUACGACAUACAUAGUUUGAUUGUAUCCUAAUUUUUAUUUUUUCUUAAAUUUUAGCCAUAUGUGUGAUAUUCUUUGCAAAAUGACAGGAGAAAUUUAAUCUAAAUUUUAACCCCCAGGUAACUGAAAUCUUGCCGAUGUUUUUCUUGCCCAAUGCAUCUAAAAGUUUUUGUCAAGCUAAAUCAAUGUGUUUUUUUAAUGGUGUAAAUUACUCUGCAUUCUAGUAGGAAUAUUCAGAAUACUGAUGAUCACCUAUGUAAGAAACCCCUCAGAUACACCAAACAGGUCACCAACAGAACUUAUAACAUCGAGGUCGCCAACUGUAAGAAACCCCUCCGCAAACCAAACAGCGGAAGUAACUGAGUGGCAAAGGAAUGCAUGUAGUUUUACUGCAACGGGAUUAAUUUAAUGUUAUCUUGAUUAUAUAGUGUUUUAACCUUUCCUCUGGGCUAACGGUUAGGUAUAGACGAAGGAGACUGCUGUCCACCAGUAGUGUGGCUCAAUACGGAUCGCUGUCUAUCUUGGUUGACGUGGAGGUGACUUGCUUGUGUAGCCUGCAUAAAUACAUUGUGUAUCCUGCUAUGACACUAGUGUACAGGUGAGUGACUGCAGGGUGCAGAUAUCCUGGGAUCUAAGUGUUAGAACCUUAAAACGGCUGGGUGUGCAGUGGUAAGAGUCAAAGAGGAACGUCAGGUUAAAAUGAAUGCAGUUUAUUGUUUAGUAAUAAUAACAAUAUGCAAUUGUGCAAAAUGUGAGUGGUGAAAUGUCUAUACGCAUAUGCAUAUGUGCAGGAGACUGUUGACAAGUCUCUCUGAACCAUUGCACUUCUCUCUUUAUAUAAAUAGAUAUAUACUACAGGCCUAUUUAUAAAUGACCUUUUAUAGUUAAGGUCUUAGAAAAAGUGAAAAUGUGGUUGCUAAGCAGCUAACAGCUGUCUUUGGUGAGCACAACAUUUUAGAGAAGUUUCAGUCUGGCUUCCGUCGGUUGCACUCAACAGAAACAGCUCUUCUCAGAGUAUCAAAUGAUCUGCUAAUGAAGGGUGAUGCAGGAGAAUGUUCUGUAUUGGUUCUGUUAGAUCUCAGUUCUGCUUUUGAUACGGUGUACCCACCGUAUUUUGAUUGAGAGGCUCAGGCAGUGGGUGAGUAUUUCUGGAUCAGCUUUGGAUUGGUUUUCCUCGUACCUGUCGGACAGGACUUAAUUAUGUCUCAUCAGCUGAAUCUCUUUUUUGUGGUGUUCCCCAAGGUUCUGUCCAAGGCCCCCUGCUGUUUAUAUUGUACUUUCUUCCUCUCGGGCAGAUAAUAAGCAAUUUUAAUGUUGUCUCCUUCUAUUGUUAUGCGGACGAUAUUCAAUUAUACUUUUCGUUUAAGCCUCAAAA